AUGAUGAAAGGAACAUCAUCCUUUGGAAAGCAUCACAGCUGGACACACACGCUGUGUGGCUCUAAGGCCUGCCGCCUUCAGAAGUCGACUUGUGGCAAGUUUGCCUAUCCUGACAAGCACGAGAGAAAGUAUAACUGGAAUGCCAAGGCUAAGAGGCAAAACACUACCGGAACUGGUCAGAUGACGCACCUAAAAAUUGUCUAUCGCAGAUUCAGACAUGGAUUCCGCGAAGGAACAGCAGCUAAACCCAAGAGGGCAGCUGUUGCAGCAUCCGGUUCAUCUUGA